AUGUCUUUCGAACAUAGUGUCGCCCCCGCCGUUCCUCUACCCCGCAAGAACGGAGACAUAGGCAACAAGCCACCCGUCUGGUCUGUAAACGACUCCACCGGAGACCAAGUCCCGCCCUCCGCAAAAUGCAACAGACAUGAAGCCUCGCGAGACGGUGUAUGCUGCAAAGAGCUCAUUGGCGAUGACGAGCGGAUACUGAUUGACCCAGACGUGGUCCGGGACGUUGUUAUCGGUCUCUCAGACGGCCUCACCGUUCCCUUUGCCCUCACCGCGGGCCUUUCCUCCCUUGGCGAAUCCAAACUCGUCAUCCUCGGUGGCAUUGCAGAACUCAUCGCUGGAGCCAUCUCGAUGGGCAUCGGCGGCUUCCUCGCGUCCCAGGCGGAGCGCGACCACUACCGCUACCUGCGCAAGCAGACGCGCGCACGCGUGCUCCGGAGCUGCGAGGGCGAGAUGGAGCGCGAAGUGCACGCCGUCCUGGGGCCCGUCGGCGUCGACGAGAAGACGAGCCGCGCCGUCGCGCAUUGCCUCAUGAACGUCGAGGUCGACUCGCAUGGCGACGGCUCGACGACCGCCGCGGGCUCCUCGAGCGGCAGCGAUACCGCAAGUCGCUACAGCACGAGCGACUCCGAGGCCGGCCUCCGGUGGAGCUCGAGCGUCGGCCUGUCCGCGUUCCUCCUCAAGUUCGGCGAGAACCUCGAGGAGGUGCCCACGAAGCGGCUGUACAUCUCCGCGCUCACGAUCGGCAUGGGCUAUCUUCUUGGCGGGCUGAUCCCCCUGCUCCCAUACUUCUUCGAGCCCGUUGCGCACCGCGCGUUGAUCUGGUCGUGCAUCGUGACUGGAAUCGUGCUCCUCGUAUUCGGCGCGGUCAAGGCGCGCAUCACAGGAGCCGGCGCGGGCGCGGGCGGAUACAUUUGGGGCGCUGUUAGUACGCUGCUCGUCGGCGGCGCCGCGGCGGCGGCAGCAUAUGGCAUCGUCGCGGCGCUCGAGUCAUGA